AUGGAAGUACCACUGUGGGGUACCAGUGAUGGGUUGGUUCGGGAUGGGCUACUGCAUCCUUCAGCGCAAAUUUCUCUUUAUAUUAUACCGCUUCUUCAAAAUGAAGAAGGUUUCAAAAAGUUGAGCGAUGUUGGCCAGUAUGAAAAUCUCACUUUUGCUUCGCAGCAUUGCCAGACCGACGCUGGCUGUUUUUCCGUGGAAACAAGGCACUGCAUCAUUUGCCUGGAAAGCUGGCUGAAUGAAAAUCAACGCAAGGAUCCGGAUUUCCUUGCUCGCAUUUUCCUUCGUUCCGGAGCUCGACAGAGAGUUCGUACUUGUGCGCAUAAUCCAGCCUAUGAUCCUCAGUACCGCUCACAGUGCUACAGGUUUAUCGUUUAUUGCUUAAAACAGUUGUUUGUGUGA